AUGAAUCGCUUUUUGGGAGUUAUUUCGCAGUCUUUGGUGAGGUCCUCUUUCACCAAGAGAAGCGCUGCAACAAGUCUUUUGAAGAGCUAUAGCGAUACUCUCAUGAUGAACGCAAUGGCUUCUAAUCCUUUUGUUGCUUUGAAACAAUCAUCAUCACUGCUGAAUGGAGCUCUCUCAUUCGGACCUUCAAUCUUUAACCAAUCUAAUAUUCGUUUCAGAAGAAUUGUUCGUCAUAACAAGCUCGUAACCGGAGUGAAGAAAUUAAAGACCAAAUCCUCUGCCAAGAAACGUUUUAGAGUUACUGCUUCUGGUAAGAUAAAAAGACAUCAAGCUGGUAAACGUCACCAUGCUUGGUCUAAGAACAGAAAGAGACUUAACAGAUUGGGCAAGACAGUCUUUGUGACGUGCAGGGGAGAUAAGAAGAAACUUAAACGAUUCUUGAAUUUCAAGAUAUAA